AUGUCUGGUACGACACAUAAUGCUGAACAGCAGGAUGAGUGGGAGUGUUUGAGCUUUACCCAAACCACACUGGCGGAGAGAGCAUCCGACCAUGCAUCGUCGAUACCGGCAUGGCAAAGAAGCAUCCCUUUGCGGGACGUUCUAAAGUCCAUGGGCGAAGCGACUGCUUCCGGCCAUUCCAUAUCUCAAGUCCACGCAAAGGUUUUGGAGAUGGCAUGGAAGUCAAAGUUGAACACGAACCCAACCACUGGGGAUGAGAUCCUCGACUGGAAUCUGCAAUAUACUCAAAUCCUUAUCGAUUGCGACAACCUGGAGAGUGUCACAUUCCCGCCUCCUGGCCUGGCUGAUCUGGAAUCCAAGAAAAGUUUUCUGCAAAACAAAAAAUGGGGGAAGCUAUGUUCUACAACAGCUCUGUUAUACCUGAGGAAGAGAGGCCCCCAAAGCUUGCAGAUGGCUAAUCACUACCUUCACCUGGCUUUGGAGACCUACCUGAAUUCCAAGUACUGCGACCGGGCAUCUCUGAUACCGAUAGCUCAAGAUCUAGCCGACGUCCUUGAACUGCAAGGUAACAUUGGCCUGGAGAGCGACUAUUUCCAAGAUGAAACGAAGAUUCCGCGGUGGAUCGCGAAGGAGGUCAUCCUAGGACGGAUGGCGCUUGCCAACCAAUGGUGCGAAUCUAAUGAAUUCGAGAAAGAUCAGUUCUAUGAGGUGAACAAGAAACACGGACUGUCGCCGCUUGAGAAGUCCGUGAAGUUCGAACACCGCGAGGAGUUUACAGCUAUGCUCCGCUUCACGGCGCGAACUGUUACUAGCCAUAGGAUGUCUUCGAUAGCCUCGAAGCUAUUGCUACUGGCCGCUGACACAUGCAACUCAGACUACGCCAGAGAUCUAUUAGAAUGUGGAGCAAUGGCCAACACGCUUGACGACCAUGGGCGUACAAGCUUGCAUCGCUUGCUGUUGUGUCGCAAAUUCGGUGACUCCGGAGGUUUCAAGAUGAUGAAGCUGCUUCUUGAGAGUGAUACAUCGAUCCUUGAUAUCCAGGAUGAGAAUGGAAAGACUGCGUUGACACUCGCGUGCGAGGCUGAGUAUAUACGCAAGACUGAUGAGUUCCUUAAGCACGGUGCCAACCCAAAUAUCUUGGACAACCAUGAACGCAGUCCUUUCUUCAUUGCCUGCAGCAAGGGGUGCUUCGAGAUGAUCAAAGUUUUCAUCGCCAACGAUAAGAGCGGCCGGUCCAAGAUAGCCUUGGAAAUCAACGCCCUUGGGCCAAGUCGGGAGACACCGCUUAUUGCUGCUGUCAGAUUUGCUGGAAGAGGAAUCUCUAAGGAUACUGGAGCAAUCGAUGCAAUAAAGUUACUCGUGCAGCAUGGUGCGGACUCAACCCACAAAGAUUCGGAGAAACGCAAAAAUAUUGAGGGUAAAAUCAUCACCGCUCCCGAGACUGGGGAACCUUCGAUCCCACAAACCUCUCAUGCAAAAAUUGUUGAGGAUGGAGCUGCUCUGCGGAUAGACAGCGAUGACGAUAAAACCACCGGGAGUCUCCUGGAGGAACAGACAUCUGAUGACUUGGACGACGACACAUUAGACUGGGAGUCGAACGAUUCUGUUGAGGAUCCGCCUCUUUUCCCGGUCAGAGCGAAUCCAGUAAAUCUCUCGAUUCUUGGAGGAGCCUCAGGUCUACGCCAAUGUCCUAAUCAGAACACAUAUAGCAACCAUGAAGGCCCCUUUGAUAUCACAUCUCCAGCAAGUGAAAAUCAUCACCACGGCAUACCAGCUUCAGGCUCUGGGCCUUCAGAUGAAAUGAAUUCUCAAAAUGGAAGUACUCAGGCAGAGGUAGAAGUUGCCGAAGAACCUGCGGAUGCCUCGGGCCCUGCCUCACUCUCUAACAGUCUUGAAAACGUCUUGCAAAUGCAUGACAACCAGCAUGGAGCCGCAUACAUUCAAUCACCACCUGCACCGCAAAAUGCGGCGUCGCCUACGUCCAUAUCAGCUAACGGUACGCUUCGCUUUCCUCAAACGCCAAUUCCUACUCUCAAUCAUAUACAACAAUCACGUGGGCCAUUAUACUCUAGUCUGUCGACCCGGUUCGUUGGUCCCCAACCUGGAUACCAUCCCCUCUCCUCGCACACCCACUACGACAUCAAUUCACAAGCGAAUCUGACAGCCCCAUGGCCUAUUCAGAUUCAGCAAAGUGUUCCUGGAUCACAUCUCCAAGCGCAAGGCUUCCAAGCUGCAGAUGACAUAUUCUUGGCCGAUUUACAUGACCCAGCUGCAUUUUUGGGGGACACCCAUCUCGUCUCCUCCUUCUCGCCUGGGAUUUGGAACAACCCGGCGUACAAUUCUGGUCAACCUGGUGUAUCGGUCCAGCAAGGACUCCCAUUGGACAACGCUGUGAACCUCGGGACUUCACCCAUGUAUCGUCGCAACCACAAUUUUCAAGUGGGGAUGCAAGGACCAUCUCAAACAGAUCCGCAAAGGUCUUCCUCGGGAAAUCAGAAUAUUCAAGCAGCUGGGCGUAGUGGAGCGAAUGAUGUUGCAAUGUAG